AUGUCUAAUGUUGGAAUAGGACAAACAGGUUUUGUUUCUCUAACCUGCAUUAAUGGUGCCUGCAUUAAUGGGGUAAAACCGAAGUGUGAAGAAAUAUUUGGUGUGCUUGUUAAGGACUCUCACGGUCUAUUAGUAGAUAAAAGGCGUUUGACCGGCUUAUCAGAUGUAUCAGAAGAAUCUUUAUCUAGAAAGAGAUUUAAUUUUCGAGUGUUUGAGGAGGUCGAAUUUUCUGGAUACGGAAAAUUACGAGAAAUAAGUUGUCUAUGA